AUGUCCCUCACAAACGCCUCCCCCGAGGCCGCCGCCCGCGAGGCCAAGGCCGCCUCCUUCACCCUCGCCGCUCUGCCCGCCGCCGCCCGCAACGAGGCGCUCGAGGCCAUCCACGCCGCGCUCCAGGCCGCCGCCGACGGCUCGCUGAGCGCCGCGCUGGUCAGCCGCCUCGACCUCGGCCGCCCGGGCAAGUGGGAGGACAUGCUCAAGGGCAUCCUGGACGUCCGCGACCUGCCGGACCCGCUAGGCGCCGUGUCCAUGCGCACCAAGCUCGACGACGACCUCGUCAUGGAGCGCGUGUCGUGCCCGAUCGGCGUGCUGCUCAUCAUCUUCGAGGCGCGGCCCGAGGUCAUCGCCAACAUUGCGAGUCUGGCCAUCAAGUCUGGCAACGCUGCCAUCCUCAAGGGCGGUAAAGAAUCCACAGAAUCGUUCGUCGCCAUCGCGCAGGUCAUCUCCGCCGCGCUCGACACCACAAAGGUGCCCAACGGCGCCAUCCAGCUCGUCACCACGCGCGACGCCAUCGCCAGCCUGCUCGCCCAGGAUCGCUCCAUCGACCUUGUCAUCCCGCGCGGCUCCAACGAGCUCGUCCGCCACAUCAAGGAGAACACCAAGAUCCCCGUGCUCGGCCACGCCGACGGCCUCUGCAGCAUCUACCUGACCGCCACCGCCGACGCCGCCAAGGCCGCCACCGCCAUCGUCGACGCCAAGACGAGCUACCCGGCCGCCUGCAACAGCGUCGAGACGCUGCUGGUCCAGGACACGGCACUGGCCACCACGUUCCCUGCCGUCGCGGCCGCACUCGUCGCCGCGGGUGUGGAGCUGCGCUGCGACGCCCCCAGCAAGGCCGCCGCCCUCACCAGCCCCGGCUCCGCCGGCAAGGUCGUCGACGCCGUCGACGCCGACUACGACACGGAGCACCUGUCGCUGACGCUGGCCGUGCGCACCGUCACCUCCGUCGACGAGGCGGUCGCGCACAUCAACGCGCACGGCUCCGGCCACACCGAGUCCAUCAUGACGGCCGACGCCGCCGAGGCCGAGCGCUUCAUGGACGGCGUCGACGCCGCCGGCGCGUACUGGAACGCGUCGACGCGCCUCGCCGACGGCAUGCGCUACGGCUUCGGCACCGAGGUCGGCAUCAGCACCAACAAGAUCCACGCCCGCGGGCCCGUCGGCCUCGAGGGCCUGACCAUCUACAAGUACAAGAUCCGCGGCGACUACCAGGCCACGGCCGGCUACGGCGAGGGCGAAGGCCAGCGGAGGUUCAAGCACGAGAAGAUGGCCGUGUAA